GGUAGAGAACUGAACGGGCGAUAAAGCCUGGUACUGCAACGACGCCAACGUCUCGGGAUCCACCCGAUCGAGCACCGACCGAUAAUAUCGUAUGAGGGCGUAACACAACUGCCGUACGUUAUCCAACUGAAGAAACUGACCUAUCGGUCCAUCAUAGGGAGGUUGGAAAACCAAGGUAAUCAUGCGAACCUUGGGAAUACCCGCUCGAUCAUCGAACUCAUCGAGAAAAACAAACUCGGUCAACUUCGAAGGGAACUCUUUUGUCAACACCAAAAGCGCUACGAGCAGCGCCCUCCGUAACGCCUCUGGAGAGAACAAUACCACGGCCGAUCCAUCUCGUCCGGACACGGAAACCAUAGAUCGCUCUCGCUCCUCCAUCGUCAGUGACUUAGCCCUCAACCUUUCUCCUCCCGUCGACUGUUCACUACCUCUCCUUUUCGUCCGAAAAAGAAAAGCAAACAACGAGAAAAGGAUGGGCAAUCAGCCAAACGUAAAGCCGGAGGAACCGUCCUGGAUACCCUUCUCGGGAACAAAAGAGCGCCUUCCGUCGCCGUCGAGACCCGACACUCCCGGUCCGGUCGAAGGAAGAGAACAACCUAACGGUCGCCGCUCUCGCUGGGAUGCUACUCCGUGUCUGUCUACUCCUCUCGUCGUCGUCGUCGUGGUAUUCGGGUCCGCUCCUCUUGUCGCGUGUGCAUGCGUGGAUGCAGAAGGAAAUCCGUUUCUCUCGAAAGCGGGGGCCCUGCCCUUUAAAUGCUCACCCUGUUGCGCGCCCGGAGGCAAAAACGCCUCCUGUGGACCCACCUCCCCCUGUCGGUGGUAUACCCCUGUUCCGUCCUCCCCUUCGGUUCGGAAAAACCUUCGCUGCGCUGCGGGUCCCCGUCCAAUGUUGGGUUGGGGGACUGGGGGACUGGGGGAACUUAUACAAACUAUAGAGUAAGUUCCCCCCAUACUUAACCCUGAAGUGGUUGAUUGCUCUCGCACACAUAACCCUGAACUGGUUGAAUGCUCUCUAUUGGUCGCAUCCCUCGAGCGGGAUCCACUGGCUUCCGCCAAUGAACGCUCCGUCCGUCGCGACACUCACGUGGUCCACUGUUCGUGGGACUUAGCGAAAAUCAAAGUCUUCUGUCGGAAGGGGGUCUGUUGGACGUGGUGCCAUCUAGGGCCUGGGCGGCCCCGUACCCCGCCUUUCUACAGGAAAGCGGAAGGGAGGGCUCUCAG